AUGUCGACGCUUCCAGAUCCCUUCACUUAUCUUGAUGGAAAAUCUCGAGUUUCAUCCGUAGAUGAAUGGUACCAAUGCCGUCAACCAGAAAUUCUGAAAUUCCUCCAGGAAUAUCAAUAUGGAUACUACCCGGAUCAUUCUGCGGAAAAGGUUACUGCUACCAGAUCAGGCAAUUCCGUAACGAUAAACAUCGCGGUCGGCUCAAAAUCUUCAAGUUUUAAAGCUACUAUCAAUCUGCCUUCCGGGACAACUUCUUCUGCCCCAGCACCUGUGGUAAUUGCAAUUGGUGGUAUCGACAACAAUGCGUAUUUGAAACAAGGGGUCGCUGUAGUGACGUUUGAUUAUACCACUGUUUCUCCGGACAGUAACUCAAAAACUGGCGCUUUCUGGGCUUUGUACAAUGGAAAAGACAUUGGUGUUUUGACUGCAUGGGCUUGGGGCUUCCAUCGCGUUCUUGACGCACUCAUUUUGACGGCACCUGAGAUUAAUUCGGCCAAAGUUGGGGUGACGGGCUGCUCACGCCUUGGGAAAGCUGCGCUGGCAGCUGGGCUCUUUGACACCCGCAUCACGUUGACAAUGCCUAUGAGUAGUGGUGUUCAAGGACUCGGUCCUUAUCGAUAUACCACCCUUAGCGGUCAGGGCGAGAAUCUGGAAAAUUCAAAGUCGGGUGCCGGGUGGUGGUCCAACAGUGGCUUGGGAACUUUCGUGAAUAAAGCAGAACAGCUUCCUUUCGACGCCCAUACAAUUGCCGCGGCCAUUGCACCACGUGCGCUAGUAAUUGAUCAAGGUCAAGGCGACCCGUACACAAACUCCAAGGGAACAGCCAUAGUUGUCUACCCAGCUGCGCAGCUCGUUUACAAAUGGUUGGGUGUCCCUGAUCAGAUAGCGAUGGCUAUCAGAUCCGGAGGCCAUUGCGACAAUUCGGGAUACACGAAUGUUCUUCCUUAUGUGUUAAAAAUAUUCAAGGGAACAGCGACGACAAGGAACUACAACGACCUGACGCCGUGGAAUGCGAUGAGCACAGCUUAUCCUUGGUCAUCCAAUAUCCCGAAGGCUUGA